AUUCAUUUUCCAAUAUUUCCACAGGUAUUUGAUCGUUUUACCUUUGAGAUCUUGCGUUAGUUUUGACGUGAUGAACUCGUUGUGUCGCGUUGGUCGGUCGUACAGUGCUAGCAUCCGUACUUUACCAUUCUUAAAAAGGUCAAGCAGAUGUUUUCAGCGGAGAGAGAAAACAACAUGUAAUUCUAUAAAAAUACUCGAGGCGAAAAGCGCAGUCUUGUGUACGUUGUGCUCGCGCACAAAGUCAGUGGGAUACGAAUGGAACCCAAUGAGAGCAUGCAUCCGACCCUACUCCACAACCACCGCAGCUGAGCCGGAAUCUGCGAGUGAAACCUCUGCCGAAUAUCACUGCAUAAUCGACGAUAAAGAAACUCCAUCUGGACCGGAAGAUUCCCACGAAUUCCAGGCGGAGACGAAAAUGCUUCUAGAUAUUGUCGCCAAGUCGCUCUACUCUGAGAAAGAGGUCUUCAUCCGAGAAUUGGUUUCAAACGCCAAUGAUGCCAUCGAGAAAUUUAGAUAUCUGUCUACUACAGAAGCAUCGGCGUUCACGGACGUCGAUCGUCCGCUUGAGAUUCAUCUUGCUGUCAACAAAGAUGCAAAGACGCUCACGUUUCAAGAUACUGGGAUAGGCAUGACACGCGAAGAACUUGUCGCCAACCUCGGUGUCAUAGCACACUCCGGCUCGAAAGCUUUCCUCGCGGAGCUAAAAAAUUCAAAAGGAGAUCCAUCUGGCAUUAUUGGACAAUUCGGGGUUGGCUUCUACUCGGCUUUCAUGGUGGCUGAUAAGGUGACCGUGUACACUCGUUCUGUAAAACCCGACUCGAAAGGAUACAUUUGGACCUCAGAUGGUGCCGGAUCUUAUUCAAUACAAGAAGGAGAGCACGUUCAUUCUGGAACAAAAGUUGUUCUACAUCUAAAACCGGAUUGCAUGGAAUUUUGCGACGAAGACCGGGUGAAAGGAAUAUUGAAGAAGUACAGCAAUUUCGUCGGAAGCCCAAUAUUUUUGUCAGGUAAGCGUGUGAAUACCAUCCAGCCUCUGUGGCUCAUGGACCCAAAAGAAGUCACUCCUGAAAUGCACGAGGAAUUCUAUCGCUUUGUUGGGUAUUCUUACGAUCGUCCGCGAUUUACUCUGCACUACCGAGCUGAUGCCCCGAUCAACGUUCGGUGCAUUUUGUACUUCCCUGAAGGGAAGCCGGGUUUGUUUGAACUUAGUCGUGAUGCUGACAUAGGAGUGGCAUUGUACUGUCGGAAAGUUCUGAUCAAACACAGAGCAGAAUCCUUGUUGCCCAAGUGGCUCCGUUUCGUGAAAGGAGUUGUCGAUUCAGAAGAUAUUCCGUUGAAUUUGAGCAGGGAACUUCUACAAGACAGCGCUCAAAUUUCGAAAAUUCGGACGGUUCUCAGUAACCGAGUUAUAAGAUUUCUACAGGAUCGCGCGAGAAAGGAAAAGGAAAGCUACGAAGAAUUCCUGCGAAAUUACGGCGUCUUUUUCAAGGAGGGCAUUUUGACGAGUCAAGAUCAGAUGGAGAAGGAAGAAUUAUCACGCUUGUUGCACUACGAAUCUUCUCAACUACCCCAAGGAGAAAAGGUUACCUUGGCCGAAUAUUGUAGUCGUAUGAAGCCUGGACAGCGGGAUAUAUAUUAUUUGGCCGCCCCAAGUCGCCAACUUGCUGAAUCAUCGCCGUACUACGAAGCUCUGAAAGAUCGCGAUGUCGAAGUUUUGUUCUGCUACGAACCAUACGAUGAGUUGGUGCUUGUUCAGCUGAGAGAAUUCGAUAAAAAAUACUUGACAUCGGUGGAAAAGCAAAUGCGACAAGAGAAGAAAACCGUGGAUUACGAUGCGGAUUCGAGUGGAUUAUCGAAAAGUGACGCGGAUGAACUUGUUGCGUGGACAAAGAAGAUUUUAUCUGGCAAAGCGCAUACAGUGCAAAUGACGGCAUUUCUUGAUGCUCACCCCUGUGUUCUUACUGUGGAGGAAAUGGCCUCAGCGCGCCACUUCGUUAGAACGCAGUUCUCACAGGUUCCUGAAGAAGAUCGAUAUCGCUUGUUGCAGCCGAGAUUUGAACUCAAUCCGCGACACUCCAUCAUUGUCAAGUUGAACAAACUGCGCACGAGUGACCCGGAAUUGGCCGAACUGGUUGUGAGGCAAUUAUUCUCAAAUUCCAUGGUUGCGGCUGGGCUUGUUGAGGAUCCGAGGAAUGCGUUGGUACACAUGAAUGAUCUUUUGGCUAAAGCUUUGGAAAAGCACUGAAGAAACUUCAAACGGGUAUUGAAUCAAUCUCUGUUUGCAAAAGGAAGACGCGCGUGCGGCUGGUCAAUGUGUGGUGUUGAAGUGUCGAUUCGUGCAAUUUAUAUUUUGAUCUUUACGAUCCCUGCGUUGCCAAGAAUACACUUGAGACGUGUGGUGUUA